GGGAUAUAUUGAAUCCUGAAGGCAUAAUUCAGAUGUUCAGCUUGGGUAGUGAAAUAAGGAGGGUGGGAGCGUUAGUGUGCUCCCUUGCAGAUUUUUUUUUUUUCUGGACAAAAUACAGCUGAUGGAAUACUGAUUUUGCUUUUUAAAAAAAGACUAAUAACUUUAACUGAUUUUAUUCUAUGGGUUUCAAUUUAAGUGGUCCCUGGAUGCAAAUGCCAGUGUAAUAAUUAGAAUAUUGACCUAGGAGUCAAUAAUUCCAAAUUCUACUCUCUCAUGGCUCACAGUUUAUUGGAGUGUAAUGAGCUACAAUAUCUUUUACCCCAAAAGGGGUUGGGAGAGAAUUUAAGUGAAGAACCAUAUACUGUACAUACUAAGAUCUAGGGCUUAGAAAAGAGAAAUAGAUUGUGGUUUCUUAAAUAGUUUCAAAUUAAAUGGAGAAGCUCUAUGAACAAGAUUAAUUUCUCAUGCUUUUUCUACAUGGAACAUUUAUAAGAAAAGUUUGAUGUCGUGGCCAAAUUAAAUUGGAAUGCAGGAAAGUUGUGUCAAGUAUUACAAUAGAUAGUUUAUAGAAACCAUGAGGCCAUACUUAGUAAAGAUUCUGCAGGUCAGUAUGUUAAAAUAGAGAGUGGUUUAGUUAUUUGUAGUAUAUUGUAAACAAAGUUAUUGUAGUUUCUCACUCGAUUUAUGGAAACAGGGCAAAGGUUUUAGAUUAGUAGGCUUUAUAAACCCGUGCAAUUUUAUUUAUUCAAUAAAGCAUGAUUAAGUAAAUUAACCAUAGGUUAAUGUUUUAGGUGAACACAUUGUUAUGCCUACUAUUAUUAUCCAGAGCAGCCAUUUAAUACAAUGUUAUUUCUCUUCAGACUCUUUGUAAUAUAAAGAGCACUGACAUUUAUUGCAAAGCCAUAAGUUUUGCCAAAAGUUGCAUGCCCUGAUAUUUUAAAAUAUAAUCAAUAACACCAGUAACAAUUAGUAUUUCUUUUUUCUUACGUGGAGUAAAGUUGCCUUGGAUCUUAUGGAGUUGUCAACAUUUUAAAUACGCUAGAGGGCAGUAAGAUUUAAGAAUUGAGAUUAAGAACAAAAGAGUAGGGAGUGCAAGAAAAUUGCUUUCCAAGUAACCAAACAAUUAAUAGCAUUCUUUUAUGCAAGUUUACUCAGGAAGCACAUUGUGCUUAAUGGGACUCAUUCCCAAAUAUGUAUAGAAACUAUUGCAGCUCUGGAGUGCAAUUUCAUAGUGCUUUAAACUUUGCAAUGGUUUUUACUGAACUUAACUAGACUUCUCAGUGAACAUCCAUAGAAUUCAGAUGCAUACAAUUCAAACUUCUCAUUCACUGGGUACAGUUCCAUUGGGAAUAUAAAAUUAGAUAACCACAGAAGAAACUAAAUCCUCUCCUAGAAUAAUUUUCAAAACAAAUAAUAACCCUGGAAGUUACCUUCUAAUUUUAGCAGUAUUUAAAAAUUGUUUAGAAAGGCAGUUUUGGAUUCUUCCCACAUAUUCCACUUUAAAUAAGUGCAAAUAAGUUGCAAGCCUCUCUCUAUAUAUAUUGUUCAGAAUAAACAUAUAUAGGCUAGAUCUGCUUAAACAUUAUUCAGACUCCACCAUUAUAUUGUAUAAACUCAGGAACUGCUAAUAAAGCCAGCAUUUUCAAUAGAAAUAACAUAAGCAACCUUUAGCUCAGUGAUGGCCAACCUUUUCCAGACCGAGUUCCCAAAGCGCACAUUCACGUGCGAAUGCACAUGCCCCCGAAUCCCAAAAUGCAAUGUGUGCACGACCCCCGUGCAUGUCCCUGUCCUGCGCAUGUGCAUGCACCCCCCACACGCCCCCAUGCAUGCACAUAUGCCCCCUGUACACACCUGCCCCCACACAUGCGCACACGCCCCCUGCACACUCCCCGCCCCCCCCACACAUGCGUGGCAGAGACCCAAACACCAGCUGGCCGGUGGGAGGUGAACGUGCAUGCGCGGCGGAGCUGAACUGGGACGACUGCUCGCAUGCCCACAGAGAGGGCGCUGUGUGCCACUUCUGGCAUGCAUGCCAUAGGUUCGCCAUCACAGCUUUAGCUAAUUGUGAAGGACUCCAAAGGAACCCAUUCAUAAAUACAGUACUUAAAUUAGAUUGCUCUUAGAAAAAGGGGACAAGAAAUCUUUGAAAUGUAAUUGAGCAUUCUGCUGUACAUGUAGUACAGGUAGUCCUCGACUUACAACAGUUCACUUAGUGACUGUUCAAAGUUACAAUGGCAUUGAAAAUGUGAUUUAUGACAAUUUUUCACACUUAAUGACCAUUGCUGCAUCUCCGUGAUUUACAUUCAGAUGCUUGACAACUGACUUACAUUUAUGACAGUUGUAGUGUCCCGGGUCACUGAUCCCCUUUUGCAACCUUCUGGCAAGCAAAGUCUGGGAAAUCAGAUUGACUUAACAAAUGGGGCAAGAAAAGUCAUAAAAUGGGCAAAACUCACUUAACAAAUUUCUCACUUAGCAACAUAAAUUUGGGGCUCAAUUGUGGUUGUAAGUUGAGGACAACCUGUACAACUCUUUAACAUAACAGCCAGUUUAUUAUUUCUAUCCAAAAAGGUACUUUCAAGAGUAGAGUAUAAAACCUUUUGUGCUGUAACUGGUUUUUCCUAUCUGAAAUGUAAUACAUUUGAUAUUAAUGAUGUGAUCACAGUUAUUAUUAAUCUAUAUUGAUCGUAGAAAAUAAAAUGUCAGCUUUCCAGUGUGCUAAUCUACAAACUACCAAAUAGCAUUCUAGCUAUUUAGCAUGUUGUAUGAACCUAAGUAAGAAAUAGUUCACUUAUUGUUCAGUGUAACUAACAGAAUAGGCUAAUUAUAUAAACUAUGACUAAGUGAACAAUUGGUAAGUAUGUCAUGGGAACAUCACCUCAAAGUUACACAAGGUUUAUAUUUGUGUGAUACUUAUUGGUGGAUACACUUUCUUUCACUUUUUGUGAAUGGACAGUGUUGGCUGUUACUUCAACCCGAUUGAUUUUUUUCCAUAGCUGCCCCAUUUGUGCCAGCCUCUCCCACUGCAAAGAGAGCAGUUCUCUCCAUGGUCCCUUUUCAGAGGCUCUGUGGUACAGCUGUAACUCAUUACCAAGCUAAUUUUUUUUUAAUCCGUGCCUUUGCUGAUAGGCAGCUUGACUGUUACAGUCAUACAACUGGCAUUUUUGCAACUCUCACAUUUUUUAUAUUCAAGCACAGCAUCUGUUAUGUUAAAAGGCAGAAAGGCUAAAAUGAUUUAGAAUAAACGGUACAAUUUGCUAAAGGGAGAUGAUUCCCUUACAAAACUAUGUAUUCCUCAGGGUUCUUUUUCCUGCAAGUUUUACAACUUUAGCUAUCAUGUGUAUUAUGUUGUUAGUGCAAUGUUUCUCAAUCUCAGCAACUUUAACAUGUAUGGAUUUCGACUCCCAGAAUUCCCCAGGUCCACACAUCUUAAAGUUGCUGAGACUGAAAAAUGCUGGUGUGUUGUAGUAUUUAAUUAGAUCAUAACCUUUGGGUUGUUUCUUUACAAUUAUGUUUCUUUUACUCAUAUUUGAAAUACUUAUAUUUACUCAUAUUAAGAGAUCAAAUAAGAUGUUCAAUCUGUCCCCAUCCCAUACCAAGAAUGACACCUAGAAAAUAUACAUUGAUUUUACAGAUGGGUAAAUAAUUACAGUUCUUUUUCAUGAUAGGACAAUAAGUAGAUAAUACAUCUAUGACAACACAUAUGCAUGCAAACACAAUGAGUACAUUCCUAAUACAACAGGCUUCUAAGUUUCUCAGGGAUAGUAUUAUGUCGACCUAUUGAGACAAGUGAAAUCUCCAAAAUAUAGCAGAGAUCAGACCUGGAUAACAAACUACACCUAGUUUGAGUCCAAAUUUGCAAUUACAGCAAAAUAAACAAUAUUGACAGAGAAUUCUAGGAUCUAGGGAUGUCUGAGUAAGAAAUCAAUGAACUGUUGAUUUUGCAUAUAUCAAAUCCUUCUCUUUAGCCUCUAAACACAAAACACAACCAUUUUUCCCCCCUGUUCCAAUUUGUUAAUAAAUUACCCCAGGCAUUCAGUAAUCGUAAGAGUAGAAUAAUGGCUAUGUUUGUAUGCUAGUUAGCAGAAGGAGAUGCAUUUCUUACCUUUGUCAGAUGAUGAUUUCUAACUUGUGCUUGGGAUUCAAUGUAUUAAACUACAUUCAGUGAACAUCUGGUUUGCUAUAUUAUUUCUUUCACACUACAUACAGAAAGGCUUCCCUAACAUUUCUCUUCUGAUUUUUAGAUUCUCCCUUUUUAAAAAUCUUUUAUACUAUCUACAUCUCAGUGUGUACCCUUUUACACUUUACACGUUUUGAGCUUUUUACUUUAUUUUACUUCCUAAUAACUGUACUCCAAUCCCUUAGGCUGGCCUAUGAUAAUAAAGACCCAGCUUGAUUUGUUACCUUUAUCACUUUAAGGGAGGUAUUAGAAAUCCAAGAAACGGAGAGAUCAUUAGAGACAAAAUUCAGAAUUACAUAAGCACAUAAAGCUCAUUGCCAACAGCCUCUUGACUUUUUUUUUUAAUUUCCAGGAGAGACUUUUAAAUACAGAAGUGGUUCAGUAGGUCUGUGUUUUAUUUAUUUAUGUAUUUUUAAACUUCAAAGGCAGCAGAAAUUACAAUAGUGCCCAAAAUAUUCUUGCCCUAUAAACCAGGGGUGGGUUCUACUUACCUUUACUACCGGUUUGUAGCGGGGCCGUGCAUGCACGCUCUUCUGCACAAGUGCAGAAGCGUUUUGAUGACGUCGGGGUCGGUGGGCAGAGCCUCCCCUCAGUUUUACUACUGGUUCUAUAGAACCGGUGCGAACCGGGGGCAAUCCACCACUGCUAUAAACACAGUAGAGCUGCAUCAAUGAAGUAUCAUUGUUACAGCAUCAUUUCAUAGACAGACACCUGGAUACCUUUGUCAACAAAGUGAGAAAUGUUUCUAUUCACUGUAAUCUUCUUAAAUACCAAAUCUCAUCUUACUUCACAAGAGAGUCAUAAAUUGCUAGCAUCUCUUGGGAUAAAUUAAACUCUUCUUCUAUACUUGUCCAGAACUUUAAAGGCAUAACGCACCAGGGAAUAAUAUAUUUCAAAUAGCAACAAUAUUGCUAUUUGACCAGAAAAUACACUCUCUGAAAUUUUACAGAUAAAAAUAAAGUCUAGAGCAUCAUUUUCAGUAGUGAUAUGUUGAUAUAAUUUCCUGACGGAAUACAACAGAGAGAAGAAUCCCAAAUGCCAGGAACAUUAUUUCAUUAGAGUCCAACAUGUUAUAGAAAUAAAUUCCUUUUCAAAAAUAAAACAAAAAAAAGCACAAAAGAAAACAUUAGUAUAUAAAACACUUACAAUAUGCGUACAAUAAUAUACUAGACAAUAUAUACCCUAACUGAUUCAGUUUAUGUGUAAAAUAAGAUGGCCUCAUGUUUUAUUAUAAAUGAAUAUAUUUCUUUAAAAACAGUGUGCUUAUAUGUAUUUAUUUAGCUUAAUUACCACAGAUAAGAAUGUUGCUAUAAUAAAUACCAAGUGAAUAUCAACAAGGAACAUGAACAUUCUUCAGUAUAUUACAUGUGUUUUGGCAUAGAUAAAAAGUUAAAAAAUAAAAGAUUCCUAUAAAGCCAAAACAAAGUACAGUAAUUAUUUUACUUUGUAAAAAUUUAUAAAUUGGUCAACUGGCAUAGUGUGUAAAGCUAAAUGAGUUGAAAACAACUCUUAUGAUUUAUACUACAAAAAAUUGUGGACUGAAGGGACAAAAUAUUUAAAGGAAAAGGCGACUUUAAAAUCAGAGGUAGAUUCUAAUGUCUUCAUCUGGUCCCUUAGAUUAUUCUGUGGUAAAAUCCAUUUGCUUUUUUUUUUUUUUUUUUAGUAAACAGUCUUUUUUCCUUCAAAAAUGUUUUAGAGGCAAAGUACAAAUCUGUAAUAUUUUGUCUAGAAAUAUUUCUCUAAAAGGAACUUAGAGAAAUAUUUCUCUAAAUAUUUCUCUGGUAGUUUGGCACUACCAAAAGGUUCUUUUGUACUGAUCAUUAAAAGUUUAAUAGUUACUAUUAAAUAGGUACUAUAUGGCAUACACAACACGAGGAGAUAACUGUAAGGAAGUCAUUUGCCCUUUGUGCUUUCUCGUUUUUUUAAAAAAUAAUAAUCUGACUUUUGUCAGGUAUCUCAUCUAAUUACUUACUAGUCCUGACUCCACAAAACACCCCUAACUAUGGCAUGAGCAUGCCCUACUAACCUUUUGUAUAUGACAUAUUCAUGAGGCUUCCCUUUCUCUCAUCCAUUGCUGUAGCAAAGUCUUUACACAUUCCAAGUUCAAAGUAAUAUUUUUACUGUGGUUAAGAUUAGGGUGCUUCAUCAACAUGAUGAUAAAGGGCUGGGAUCCGAAUGCCCAGAUCUUAUACAAUGUCUAAACUCAUUCUUUUCAAUGAUUUUAGACAAGCUGAAUGCAUACUAAACAGAGGGUAAAGCUGAGCUAUGAUGUUGGGUCUACUCCCAGGCUUGCAAAGUUCCCCAGCCUCACCUUUUGCUAGCCAUAUAUUAAAGGUUGCUGACUGGGGAGAGUAAGACUAUGCAACUAAAUUGCCAUGAAUCUUGGAGGUCAGAUUGUGUAGCACUCCAGCAACCAUAGAUACCUAUAUAGAGAGAGAGACCUUCAUGCCUGUAUAUAUCUUCACUCAUAGUUAUGGAGGAAUGUUUCCAAGUAAUCCAUCUUCCAUCAAUGGCUGACUAAAAUCCAACAUGUUUUUUAGCCUGGCUUUGAUGUUUGAGUGUGUUUCAGACCCUAGAAGAUACAGUGCUGCAUCCCAGAGCAAGCAGAGAUGACAAAGCAUUGACUGUGCGAGGGGAAGGAGAAAAGUCUGCACCUGUAACGAUCCCAGCCAGAAUUCGACAGAUUAUCACAGAAAGCUUAUCUGAGCCAUCAUCCUCAGGAAGGCUAAAGGAGUUGUGAUAAGAGGUUCUAUGAAACUGGAAACAGCAAACUCUUUCAGGGGCUUUUCAAGAAGAAUGUGUAUUCAAAAGCAAGUCUUCAUAUACCAUAGACCUGGAGGCUGGGUUAAUUUUUUUUUCCAGGCUUAGUUUUUCUUAGGUCCUCAAUUUUGCAAAUUUCAGAAACUAUGUGAAAAUGUCUAUGGACAUUUAACAUCAUUUCAUGUGCAUUUCUCUGUAGAUUUAUCAAAAACAGACCUUCCAGCCAAUAUGCAAGAAGAAAACCGCUUAUUGCAGAAGGAACUUUCUCGUCUCGAAGACCUGUUGGCACACACUCGUGCAGAGAAGGAUGAGCUGGCUAGCAAAUAUCAAGCUAUUAGUGAAAGACUGCAGCAAGCACAACGAGCAGAGGAUGAAGGAAGCACAGCAUUCCUGCAGAUGAGACAGCAGUUUAAAUCGGAUGAAAAAGCACAUAAGCGUAAGAUGCAAGCUUUCCAGGAUGGGCAACAGCAUCAGGCUCAGCUAGUACAGAAGAUGCAAAACAAGGUACUGCAAUAUAAGAAAAGAUGUGGAGAACUGGAACAGGAGUUACUGGAGAAAACCUCUGAGUCUGAGCAUCAGAAACAGAUGCUACAGACAAGAUUAGACUCAACAGAAUUACGUUUACGACGCGUUGAACAUGACCAUAAUACAGAGUUGGAGAACACUCUCAUCCACCUAGAAAAAGAGCAGCAGAGAAGUGCUACCCUUUCCCAGAUGAACACUCUACUUCAGGAACAGCUGGAAGAGGUGAAAUGCUCAAAACAGAGACUAGCUGGGGAGCUAGAGAGGAAUGCUACUGAUAUGCACAGGCUGAGAAGUGGACUAGAACAGAAGACCUAUGAUUCCUAUCUCAGCAAUGAACACAGUGGGAUUCUCCUGCUAUGGCGUCAAGCAGCCACACUCCGUGGGAACUUUGCAGAGCUUCGCACAACACUGGAGAGGGGACUUGCUGAAGCAGGAACUGAUAUGGCAAGAGCUUCCCGCCGCCUCCAAACUGCCUGUCUCAAUUUGGAUUCCAAUUUGCGCCUUUCUGAGAAUAGCUCUACCUGUUUGCUAGAGAAGCAGCUUCGGGAGAAAGUCCGAGAGAUGAUUCAGCUACAGACUUCUUGGGAUGGAGAAAAGGCAGUUCUAAACUCCAAGAUUACUGAAUUGACCACUUUGGGUGAUAAGCUUAAGGAACAGAACACAAAGAAAGACAAGACAAUCUCUGCCUUAAAAAUGGACAUUCAGAAAUUGGAAGCCAGUAAAACUGGAGACUUAGAAGAAAUGAAGGAUCUGAAAGAGGAAACCGAAUCUUUGCAACAUACUUUAAAAAGCAUCACAAAGUUGGCUCUUGCUGAAUCAAAGAACAUAGGACUUAUCUCCAAAGAUAAUGCCAAAACUGUACCAGAAGAAGACACUCUAUGGCACACUUAUCCCUUGGGCUUUAGCUCACUUCAGCACCAAUGGACAACUCAGUCCCGGAUACAUUCUCCAUCCUGCCAGAAUGCAGCAGUGCAAGCAGUGCAAGCCCUUAUCCAAAAGUCACAACAGCGCGAGCAGGAAUUGCAUGUGCAAUUGGAAUCCUGCAGAGAUAUCCUGGGAUCUGUCAAGAAGCAGCUUGCCGACUGCCAGCAGGAAAUGAAGGCAGCUGAUCAACAGCUGCAGGAACAGAAGCAGGAAUGUGAAGAGCUGACAAGGGCCUUGGAGGACUACAGGCAGAAAGCACAGCAUUGGAAAUCCUCAGUGGAAGUUCUAGAAAGAGAGAAGGAGACCUUGGAGAUAGCAGUCGAAAGCCAGACUCAACAACUUGAUGCCUCCCAUUUGGAGGUAGAGCGCCUGAAAUCGAUGAAUGGAGAGCUACAGAAACAGCGAAAACUCCUUGAAGAGCAAAAAGAAGAUGUGAUUAAGGAAAGGGAGAGGACAAGAAAGGAAUUGGAGCGGGGGCAAAGGUCUCUGGAGCAACUUGAGGAAAAAAUGUCAGUCCUGAAGAAAGAGCUAGUGAAUGUGAAGGAAUCUUUAAACCAGGCCAUGCUGGAAAAAGAUGUACUGGAGAGUGCAAAGGAAGGCUUGAGCAAAGCACUUUCCAAAGUUGAAUCCAGCAACACUGAGCUUGAACUCUCCAUACACAAGAUGAAAUCAGAAGAUGCUGAACUAAGGGACUCGCUAGCCAGGAUGGGUGCGCUAAACGAAGGAUUAGCGAAUGACAAAAUCAAACUAAACCACAUCAUCCUCCAGCUUGAAGAUGAGAAGAGCAAGCUGGUAGGGAGGAAACAGGAGCUGGAGCACGAGCAAGUAGUUUGGCGAGAACAGCAUGCACACUUUGAAAAGGAACAGAUGCACAUGAGGGCAGAGAAACAAGAGUUGGAGCAGAGUUGCCAAGCCUCCGAAGAGAAAGGGGAGAUGCUGGAAGGAGAAAUAGCCUUACUGAGAAGGGAAAGAGUCCAGCUACAGGACCAGAUGAUGCAGCUGAAUAGCCAGAAACAAGCUCUAGGUGAGCAACUGGCCCAGAGCCACAGAGAGAUCGAAAUGCAGACUGAUUCACUCAUCCGUGUGCUACAAGAGAAGGAAGAGAUAGCUAAGGAGAAGGCACAGCUGGCUGUGGAGCUCACUGCAAUGCAGAGGCAGAAGAAGUUGUUAACAGAGGAGACAGACACUCUCAGAACGGAGAAGGAAUCCCUGGAAACCAGCCUUUUUGAGGCACAAGAGCUGACAGCUCAACUUGAGGCCCGCAAGGAACAAUUAGAAGGAGAAAAUCAAGGCAUUGAUCUUUCCAGGAAGGCAAUUCAAGCGGAAUUAGGAAAGGUUCGGCAAGAACUUGAGCUUCAAGAGAGUACCCUAAGAAAAGAGAUAGAGAUGUUGAAGCACCAGUUGACUCAAACAGAAGAAGAGUGUCAGCUAUCUAUGAAACAUCAAAAGCAAGCUUUUGAAGAGGACCUUGGGACUCUUAGAAAAGAGAAGGAGAUCCUGCGUCUGGCACUAAUGGAGGAGAAAGAUGAAACUGUCAACUGUCUUCAGCAAGAGAAGGAAGAACUGGUGUCCAAGUAUGAAGCUGAGAAGAGGGAACUCAUGGAGGAGAUCCUCACUUUGCAGCAGCGCAGAGAUGAAAGCCUCCUUAUGCUAGAAAAUGAAAAACAAAAGAUAAUCUCUCAGAAAGAAGCUGAAAAGAAUCACCUUGUGGAAAAGCUCAGUGAGUUACAACGAGAGCUGAAGUACACCAGGUCUGAGAUUGAACAGGGGAAGCUUGACAGUCUGAAGCGACAAGAGCAGGAUAAGAACACAAUUACCAGCAUCAACAAAGAAUUACAGACCUUCCAGGCACAAUUUGAAGAUGCAAUGGCUGCACACCAGAAAGAGGCCAAACGCUUAAAUGAACAUAUAAAGGAGCUGGCAAGAGAGAAAGAACUUAGUGGGCGGGAGGCAGAACAGCUCAAAGUCCAGCUACGCUUGGCAGAAGAUACCUAUGCAGAUGUUCACAAAGAACUCACUGAGCUUCACCAGAGACUGCAGGAGUCAGAAGAGGCUUGUGAUCAGCGACAAAAAGAGCUACUGGAAUUUCACAGGGCUGUAGCAGAUGAGAGCAGAGAAAAGGAAGCACUUCAGAAAUCCAAUGCUGACCUCAGAGCCACUGUCAAAAAAACAGAGAAUGAGAAGCUCAGACUGCAGAGAAUCAAGGAAGAACGAGAACAGAAGAUUGCCAUUCUGGAAGAAGCAAAAGCUGCAGUUGAGGUAGAAGUGGGAGAGCUCCGAGUAAAUCUACGGGAAGUAGAGAAGGCACACAUGGAAGCCAGAAGAGAGCUUCAGGAGCUGCGCAGAGAGGUAAAGUCCCUGGAGAGCAAGAACAGUAAGAAAACUCAGGAAGUUGCUGAAUUACAACAUCAGUUGCUGCAAAAAGAACAACAGGAACAGCAGAACAGCAAAGAGGUCCUGGAUCUUAAACAGAAGAUAUCUACUCUGGAGAUAGGCCAUGAUUCUGCUCACAAGGAGGUGUUGAACUUGCAGAAGAAGCUGUCUUCUGCAGAGGUAAAGUCCCAACUUCAAGAGCAGGAUUUAAAGCACAGCCUUGCAGAGAGUUGCAUCAAGGAGAAGAAGUGGAAGGAUGAACUCCAUAGCCUGGAAGUGAAGCUUCAGGAAGCAAGCAGGGCAAACGAGAGUCUCCAGCUGCGCCUCAGCACCUGUGAGGGAUGCAUCCAUGGCUUAGAAACAGAACUAGCCAAAACUGAAGCAGCCAAGAGGGAGGUUGAAUUGAAGUUAGUGGCACUCCACUCCACUCUCCGUCGCACACUGGGACUUGGCAGCAGGAGUCCAUCUCCCCAACGAUCCUCGUCUCCAGUCAAAGGAACACCUGCAUCUCGCACUGGAUCACCUGAGAGGAGCCGCUCCCGUUCACCAUUUCAUCAAACUUCUCCCCUCAGGAGUGAACAAACCACAAGUGAAAUUGAUCCAGAAGUAGUUCGAGAUGCUUUGAAGGACUUCCUUCAGGAGCUGCGGGACACCCAAAGAGAGAGGGAUGAUCUAAGAAUUCAGGUGAUGAAUAUGAGUCAUCAGCUGAAUGAAAUGGAGGCUGACCGCGACCAAACACAAAGCCGUAUCCUGCAACUUCAGAAGUAUUUAGCAGACUGUGAGGAAGGUAAAAGGGGAACAGAUGGCCGUCUGAGCAGUGCGCAAGUAGCACUGAUGCUGCAAGAGGAAACUAUUCGCAAAACAGAAAAGGAACGUCAAGCAUCUGCAGAACAGGUGGUCAACCUGGAACACAACUUACGUAUUUGUCAGGAUAGGAACAAAGAAUUACAGGAGAAAGUCAAAGCAUUUAAAACCAAGGAAGCCAAACUGGAAACAGAAAAAUGGAAGCUAAAAGAAGUUCUAGAAGCAGCAGAGAGCAGGGCCACCAAACUGGAGCUGAGCCACAGAGCAGUGGAAGGAGACUUACAACGAGCACAGAUGAGCUUGACUUCAAGGGAUGAAGAGAUCCAGUCCCUGCUGGAGCAAAUCCAGGAAGUUCGAUGCCAGUUAGGAGACAGGGAGAACAAAACUGCACUAUUGCAGCGAGAGCUUGACCAUCUGACUCAUUCACUAGCCAGGACUGAAGGCACUGAAAGUCACUUUAAAGAUAGGGUACAAACUCUGUCUCAAGCACUCUCCAGUGCUACGGCUGGAACGUCCUCCCUGCAGGAGAACAUCUCACAACUCCAAAAGGCCCUGACAGCUGCAGAGCAAGACCGUCGGCUACUCCAGGAUCGCUUUGAUUCCAUGCGACAGGCAUUGUCAGAUAGCAAGAGGCAGAAUCAUAGCUUGACUAAUACUGUGCAUUUGCUACAAGAUCGGCUGGCUGACAUGGAACUACAGUACAGAAAUCUGGAGAAGCAGAAGCACCAUCUCCACGAAGCAGAGCGUGAGAAAUUUGGGAAAGAAGAUGAUACUUUUAGACUCAGUCAGAUGAGAGGACAGCUGGAUCGAUCUGUGAGUAGCCUACAGCAGGAGAUGGAAGACAUCAUGAUGCAAAAUGAACACCUGCAGGUCCAGAUUGCAGAGCUGGAACAAACACAUGCCCAGCGACUGAUGGAACUGACAUUACAACAUCAGCUAGACAUGGAGCUAGAAGCAGAAAGACUACGCAGUGCUCAGCUCCAAGCUGAACGGACAUUGCAAUCCCAGGAAAGAACCCAUCGGCAAAGGGUGAAAAAUUUGGAAGAACAGGUGAAUUCUCUGAAAGAACAAUUGGAUCAAGAAGUGAAAAGACGGCAGGUGUACCUGAGCCAGGUGCUUCAUACAGUAAAAUGAAUAAGCAUUUUAAACAUUGCACCUGGAUCUCAGAUGGCCCAAAAGCAGAUCCAUCCUUCAGCAUAAUCCUUACACUCAAGAUUUGGAUUCAUUCAUUUCUUGCAUUAGCACACUCAACAGAAGCACAGUCAGAGAAAUUGGAGAUCCAAGACGAGCAAUGCUGGCAUGCAGUAUUUCCCCACCCAAAUAGCACAUACUCUGAACACUUGGAAGGCACAGUAAAGAUACCAAAUAACUAGGCAGCAAACUGCCAAGAGGAAACCCUGCUGUGCGGGCAGCUGUUCUCUUUAAGAUGCUUGAAAGCCAGGGCACCAGUGCUUAACUAAUUCAUUUAGACCAUCUGACAGGGAGGGAAUUCUCAUUUGUUUGGGUCUUGGGGUAGUGUAUCCCUGCAUGAUCUCUUGGAGCUUUCAGUACUGGCUGUACAAACUUUGAAAUUCCAGGUGCCUGCGAGGAGCACCCUGCUAUUUAUAUAUCUCUGCAUUUCCAUCAGUUGUCAGAUUAUUUUUCCCUCCUGCUGGCAAAUAUUGUUUGAUGCACUGUGCAAAAUUAUAACUUCCUCUUCCUGCAUAGUUAUACAUGCGGCGGCGAUUUGAUUGCAGUCACUCAGUGUCACUAUUAACCUGUGCAUCAUACGAAAUCACAGUUCUGCUGGCACCAAAUGUAUAACACAGUAUAGAGAAAUUAGGAAGAAUAGUGAAAACAAUACCCCAAGAAUUGAUCAAAUCGUUUGCUGUGUGUAUGAACAGAGAGCCAUUUUCAUGGUGGCAGGUGGCUGAGAUUAAUUCAAACCUAAGUCAUUUUAUGACAUGUUGGACUCCAGAUAUGUCAAAGUGUUAACAUUUGACAUCCACCCACUCUGCCAGCUGACAGGGUCCAAGAAAUCCCUUCUGGAAUCAAACACUGGUUUCCCUGGGAAUGACAAGAAGCCAUCUUGGAAUUGCUGUAAACAUCACCUGUUAUCAUUGUUUCACAUUUUUUCCUUAUGAAUAUUUGAUUUUCCAAAUCUAGUUGGAAAAUGCAUGUUGCCAGUGAGUAAAAUAAAGAUGUAAAAACACA